UGCAUUUUAGUCAAAAUACCUUUACAUUGGCAAUAUGAUAGAAUGCAAUUUAAAUUUGUUGUUGUAUGUUGAAUGCAUGACUGCUCUGAUGCAUUCUCCAAGUAAGUGUUUGGUCGUAGUUGGGUUAAGUGCUGACGACGAGGGUAUGCAUUGUAUGUUUAUACAAGAAAAGUAGCAAAAUAUUGGAAUUCUAAGUUGUUCAUGGUGGAAUGCAGUAGGCCUGCAAAUAUGUGAAACGUUGCAUUCUUAUCUUAUCCUUUUCCAUGGCAUUAUCACUCAUAUGGGGUCUAGAAAGAUAAAGUGCCUUCAAUAUUUUUGUUGUUGCCUUUACAUACCAAUAAUUAACCUAGAAAAUAAAUCCAUCUUAUGUGGAGAAGGCCAAACCAUAAAAUAUGACAAUAUGUAUUUAUUUUCAGUAUCCCCACGUAGACCAGGUUGUCUUUGCUUUUGCUCCACCGACAGAUGCAGUUGAAAGGGUGGAUUUUUUUUUAUUCUUGACUAUAUUUUUCAUGCUACUAUUUGAAAAUUUACCGCGUAGUCAAAGGAAUAAUUUAUUUAAAAGUAAUUUGGAAACUUGGAUGCGUCUUGUGAAUUACAGGGCUACUUGGAACAGCACUGAGAGGCGAAAACUUGGAUUUUUCUCGUGUGGAACUGGUAACCCUAUUGAUGACUGCUGGCGUUGUGACCCCAAUUGGCACAAGAACCGUAAACGCCUUGCUGACUGUGGUAUUGGUUUUGGGCGCAAUGCCAUUGGAGGCCGAGAUGGCCGAUUUUAUGUUGUCACUGAUAAUCGGGAUGAUGACCCUGUUAACCCAAGACCUGGCACUUUACGCCAUGCUGUUAUCCAGGACAAGCCUCUCUGGAUUGUCUUCAAGCGUGACAUGGUUAUAACAUUGAAGCAGGAACUCAUCAUGAACAGUUUUAAGACCAUUGAUGCCCGUGGAACCAACGUACAUAUUGCCAAUGGAGGGUGCAUUACAAUUCAAUAUGUUACCAAUAUUAUUAUUCAUGGUUUGCACAUCCAUGAUUGUAAACCGACGGGAAAUGCCCUGGUGAGGAGCUCGCCAUCACAUUUUGGUUUCAGGACCAUGGCUGACGGCGAUGCCAUUUCUAUCUUCGGGUCGAGCCAUAUCUGGGUCGAUCACAAUUCGCUUUCUCAUUGUGCUGAUGGCCUUGUUGAUGCUGUCAUGGGCUCCACAGCCAUUACCAUUUCCAACAACCAUUUUGCCCAUCACAAUGAGGUUAUGCUGUUGGGACACAGUGAUUCUUAUGUGAAAGACAAGCAAAUGCAAGUGACCAUUGCCUACAACCACUUUGGUGCAGGUCUCAUUCAGAGAAUGCCAAGGUGCAGGCAUGGAUACUUCCAUGUCGUGAACAAUGACUAUACUCACUGGGAGAUGUAUGCCAUUGGUGGAAGUGGAAACCCCACAAUCAACAGCCAAGGAAACAGAUAUCUUGCCCCUGCCAAUCCUUUUGCAAAAGAGGUGACAAAACGAGUCGAGACAGCUGAAAGUCAAUGGAAAGGUUGGAACUGGAGGUCGGAGGGC